GUUACCCCCUCGACACGUUCCAUUGAUUUGUGGCAGGGAACAUGGCAGGGAACAUGGCAGGGAACGGACGGAUUAGAGCUGACAAAAAUGUUCCCAGACCUGUCCGGCCGUUUUUACAGAGGGAAUGACGUCAUCAGUUUUGGCGGAUCUCACGUACCCGAAUGACAACCCAGCAACAUGGAUGUGGAUUAAUGUGGAUAUACAAGCCUUCAUAAGACAGGAGGGUAGCCUAGAGGCCCGCGGCCUGCUCUGCCCUGCAUGGAAGGGCAUGGGUCCCUGUGGCUACCAUAGGCCACCGUCUCUCGCCAUCUCCUCGUGCCUCGGAUAUCUACUUGUAUUACUCGGUGUCACUCUCAUGUCAGUUGAGGGUUUUCUCCACACCAAAGGUGAAGGCUGUGUUGUGGCCCGCUGUUCAGAUCAGUUCGAGGUGGCCAAACAAGAGCUGGGGAUAAGUGGCCAUGGGCCACAUGACAGUGUUGCUGUGUGCACGGCUCUGAGGACCUACCAAAACUGCAUCACCAAGAUCGUGGGCUGCCAGGGGGAGCUGAUGUACUAUACGGCCCGCAACAUCGUGCUCAGACAGAUGGAGGAGAUCAACUGCACCACCAAUGGUCAGACAGUGUACACAUCCAAGCCUAGGCCGUCCAUCAUCCCUGCUAUAUGUCUCUACCAGGGCAAGACUGUUGUACGCCACUGUGGCCUCUUUGGUGACCCCCAUCUCAGGACUUUCUCUAAGGAAUUUCAGACUUGUAAAAUUAAAGGUGCUUGGCCUCUGGUCAACAAUGAUUAUCUGACAGUCCAGGUGACCAACAACCCAGUCACUGGGACACAUCAUGCAACAGCCACCAGCAAGUUGACUGUUAUUGUGAAAGGCAACCCGGAAUGUACAUCUAAAGACUUUCAGACUUACCAAGCUCAGUCCAAUCUCCUGCCCAACACCUUUGAUGAUGGGCGGGCAGUUGUGGGACCAUACAACAGCUUGGAGGUCGUCGAAGUGGAGGCGGGGAAACACAUAGAGAUUCACAUCCGCUAUAUUGAAACAGUGGUGGCCAUCAGGCAAAUUGGUCGCUACUUUACCUUCUCCAUCACAAUGCCAGACGAGCUGGUCAACCAGAGUAGCUCGAGCCAGGAGCUCCAGCUGUGUGUGCGGGGCUGUCCAUUGGCCGAGCUCAUCAACUACCAGGAGUUUCUGGCCAGCCGAGGCAGGCUCAACACCAGCUACCAGAGCCCGGCCAGGCUAACAAUUCUUCAGCCUCAAGCCGAGAAAAUCUGUCGAGCUGCCAAACUUGUGGAUUUUUAUUUUGAUUCCUGUGUUUUUGACCUGAUGGCCACUGGUGAUGAAAACUUUACAAUAUCUGCCAUCAUUGCUCUACAGGAUGAACUGAGGCUGGACCCAUCACCAAACCUGAGCAAUAGAACUGCUUAUGAUGACAGGCAGGAGAAUCUGGCCCCAUGUCUGUGUGUCUCACAACUUGCCGCCUUCUUGACCCUGUUCUUUUCUAUUCACCUCUAUACAUGAGAUAACUAACAGAUUGUCCUGUUUAGCCUGUGGGCUCCUGCAGUAUAGCCUGUGGGCUCCUGCAGUAUAGCCUGUGGGCUCCUGCAGUAUAGCCUGUGGGCUCCUGCAGUAUAGCCUGUGGGCUCCUGCAUUAUAGCCUGUGGGCUCCUGCAGUAUAGCCUGUGGACUCCUGCAGUA